AUGUCACCGGAUAAAGGAUCCACAUCAAAGUACGAAUUGUCAUCGACCAGAUGAUAUGAUACUGUCGACUUCAGGGUUCUGGCGUGUACACGCAUCACAUUGAAAUGAGCUUUCAACAGAGGAAGAGCAGUGAAAUAAUGUGAUACGUCAAACUUUGGUGGUACCAUAGUGAUUGCUUGCAGUUUAAUCGUCACUUUACAGCUCGCCAGUUGGUUUCCAUUGGGAUCAAACGCUCCCAGAUAGAACUCCAUCACCUCGGCUUCUUUCUCUGCUGACAGUGGCCGAGUAAUUUGGAUCUGUGCAAAUCCCCGUCCUCGUGAAUCUUCUUUGUUAAUGAUGGUGAUAGGGAAGCCGUCUAUUGAGGAAAUCGGUGCGAAGCGAAGCCCUUGCUGCUUUGGUGGUAAUCCUUUGAUCGUGAUCGGCGACGAGAACAAUAAUAUGGUACCGUUCUCCAUAUUAGUGGAUACACUUGCUUGGUAAUGAUCUUGAAGGAAUUCGAAAGGGCUUUCAACAAUCUCAACAUGAACAGUGAUGAUCCGAUGGUGCUUCUCGUGCUUAGCCAUGACAUACAGCGGAAAACGAGUACCAGCAGGUGGUAACUCACCAGCAGUUACUAGCUGGCCGAUGUCAUUGAUGGUGAAACUUUUGGAAUGGGGCGACGGUAGAAGUUGA